UUGUAACAGUGGACAAAGUAGAAGUCCUGAAGAAAUGGAUUUGAGGCUUAAUGGUGCAGGCUGCAGAUGUUCUGGGUGGCUGGAGGUGCUUCAUGCAGCCACAUGGAAGAGGAUUGACAGCAGAAAUUUUACACAGCAGAAUGCAGAACUUGCCUGUAGACAACUUGGUUGCCACUUACCCUUCGGGAUCUUGCAACCAUAUGUUGAAGAGUUGGAGAAGCACGAGACUUGCUUGGUGACCUGUCAAGGGAAUGAGACAGCUCUCAAGGACUGCAUAGCCUGUGAUUCCCAUGAUUUCUUCUCUCUGGGUGUGUUCCUAGUUUGCCAACAAGCUCCUGUGCAAACCACCAUGGUACUCCAGCCUACAACAGCACCAGUGGUAACCUCCUCAAAACCCUUUGGUAGGAAAAUCCAAACCUUUGCUGAUGGUGACAAUCACCCAAGGACAAACAUUGAAGAAGGAACCUCCUUGUGUUCAGGGAUUCAGGAGCCAGAUGUUAAAGGCUACGAGAAAAUGCUUUGCCUGAGUUUACUAAGAUGGUGGGAUAAACUGGUACCCAGGACCUGCCAGGGAGUAAACUGUGAAAAACCAGGACACAAGGAUAAGAACAGGGAAAAGUCACUGCACCACUGGGAGAAGCUGCAGUGUGAGAAAAGAAAUCUUAGCAUGGGUAACUGCUCAGCAAGCACACAAGAGUGCUUACAUCUAACCCUGGUUAGAUGCUCAGAUCAAGAUUUGAAGUCCCAGAAAUCCAGUUCAGAGACUGUCUUAGGAAUCCUGCUUGGUCUUGUUCUUAUUGUCGGUCUUCUGAGUAUCUGCGCUCUUCCUACCUACAAAAAAGUUAUGAAAAAAUAUUCCAAGAAGAGACAGCAACAAUGGAUUGGCCCAAGUGGGGUGAACCAAAAUGUUUCAUUCCAUCGCAAGAGCUCCACUGCCUUCCAGUCACAUAUUGAAAACCCAGUUGUUCAGGAAGAGCGGAACAAAGCCUCCAAGACUUAUCUCUCACCCUAUGCAGCUAUGGAAAGGGCAACCAACAGAUCUUCCAGCCCUUUGGAUAAUUCCUCUGACAGUGAUUAUGACUUAUGUUCCGCGCAGAAGCUGUAAACUCUGCGAAGUAUGGAUGACACUCCUUCCUUCACCUGAAGUAUGGUGCUUAAGGUGGCAUUGAAGUGAUUCUUACUCCAUCCUCAGCUCACUGGAUGACUUCAGGCCCGUCACUCUCUUUCAGGCUUAAACAGCCUCAUAGGGUGGUUGUGGGGGAAAAUUGAAGGGGAAUCCAAUAUAUAUGGUUUAAGCUUCUGAGCCAAAGAAUCAAUACAAAUCUAACAAUGGAAUAUUCUUUGAAUGAAUAGUAAAUUCCAGGGACUUGUAAUAUUUGUAAUAUAGAUCUUGGAUAGAUGAGUUUUUCUCUUAGCUUAUGAGUUGAUUCUUUAUCAACAAAAUGAAAAGAUGGAUUAAUCGUUUUCCCUAGGGUCAAAGUUUAAUACUUUGCUUAAAAAAUGAGUUGACUUUUUCUCUUUUUCCUUCCCUUUCCUUAUUUUUUGUACUAAAAUUCUAAAAAAAUAUUUGUUAGACAUAUGUGGAAGACAAAACUUACCAUCUGAAAACAAAACAUUUCUUUAAUUAUAUUAAUUAUAGUACACUUUGAAAUAAUUCAUGGAGUUCAUAUUCUCCUUUGCAGAUACAGAAAGUUCAGUAAAAAUAAAAACCGUUUAUGGGAGGAAGAAUUUUAUUGUCCAACACAAAAUCCACUUGUUCUGGAACAUGUACAUUUUCUCUACCUCCACAGUGAUAGCAAAACCAGUCCACCAACUUACCCAUACACUGAGCAUUAGCGUGUUUUUCCCAGCCAGUUAUAUUAAAUUUCAAUUCCUAUAAAUAGAAAU